AUGCCGCAAGCCCGCCUUCGCGAGGACGAUGGCAUAGUCGUCAACAAAUGGGUCGACAUCAACUAUGAUGCCAAAGAGGCUGCUCGGACUCUCAAUGGUGGUACCCUACCAUAUUCACCCGCCCUUGUCACCUCAGACUUCCCCCACAAGCACGAAUGGAGCAAAGACAACUUACCAGAGAUCUUGUUCUACCUGGUCCCUCCAAUCAGCCGGUUUAGCGACAUGAAAGUUGAGUUGCUCGUCGAGGAUGGGCAGCGUGUUCUGGGUGACCGAGGUGCUCCUCUCCGUCGCUUUGAGAUCUUACCUCGUCACAUCAGCGUCGACGUUGAAGCAGGCUGGCUUAUCGAAACCUGGCGUCGCUUGGACCCACGGAUCCGAUUCCACGACAUCCUCGACCGCAUGGUGGCUGACCCAAGCUAUGGCGGUGGCAUUGGUCUCGUCAAACCCAAUCCCAACAUUCUUCAGAAUUACUGUCGUCGCGGCUGCCGCAGACUCCUGAAGUCGUGGACUGAGCAUGGAAGAAGACUUGAGGCGCAUCGUGCCGGCGUCGAAGCCCUCGAGAACUUGACGUCACUGAACUUCACCUACAACACUGUCCUGGACGUUUGUGAGCUCAUGCCCAACCGAUUGGUGAAGGUCAAGUUCACCCAGAAAGUCCCGCACGGUCAACUUCGCGUUGAAAAGCAAGAAGUCAGCUUGGCCAAUUGGGAACAUACCACGCUUGCAUUGGACCACUUCGUCAAGGACGUCGCUCGGGGAUAUCAUAGUCUCGUGGAUGAGGCCCAACUCGCAACCUGGGAGUUGUUGUUGAUGCUUCAAGAGCGGGCUCGAAAGCAUGGUCUUCCGCACUGGUCUAAGCUGCCUAAGUCGUGUCUACCUGUCACCUGGUUUGACCGGACCCGUAUCAAGCCUCGGCCCAAUGAUACUUUUGACGGCGGUUGCGACGUGUGUACCUGGCGACCCACAAGUCAGACUGAUGCAGAAGCAGAUGUAACCAUACCUGCUACUGCUGCAACAAGGACAGUCACUCCUAAGCCUGAAGUCACCGAGCAGAACCGUGUCGCACCACCCAAGAUCAUGAUUCGUCUCAAGCGGCGUGCACAGCCUGAUGGCGAUGAGGAGGGUCAGAAGGCAGCAGAGCGAGUGAAGAAGGUGAAGAAGACGACUGUGCGAGCGGCGACUCCACGAGCAGCGCGGCAGCAGUUUGAGGUCAUCAACAACGUCAGUGUGAACGCAAACGCGAACGCAAAUGCAAAUGCAAACCCCAAUUUCAACGCAACCGUGAAUAUGGCCACCAGACCCAACACAUACUGGGUGCAGGCAGGGACUGUUCAGACUCCUCUCGGACCCCGAGGCGUGUACUAUGCAUACGCAUACCCACAGGCGAACGCCCAUGGACGCCAACAACCGCCUUACUCAGACCUGCCUGUGCAUUCCUCGUCAAUGUAUCCUGGCUUCGACAAUCUCGGUAGUAUCCCUCUCUCUUUCAGCAGAUCGAGCUAUGGAAUGUUUGACCCGGAUGUCGAUGACGGGCUCAACCUUACUCGACACCCUUUUCCUCAGCUGUGA